GCGAAGAGUGAUAAACGCAUGUUUACGAUGUGGUCAGCUACGUAUGCUCGUCCGGUUUCAUGUCAACGUUUUGCGUAUCUUGCCCGGAAAUUAUAAUUGACAAGUGCAGGAACGAAGUCAUCGUACAACGAGUGUACGCGAAUAUGCGUUGGUAGUGGUAAAGUGGCAAUGGUAGCGUCGAUAUUCAGUAGUGAUAGUAACUCUAAUAAAGGUAGUAUCAGUGGCGGCUACAGUGGUAGUAGUGGUGAUGGUGGUGGAGGAGGCUGAGAUAAGUGCGGGGGACUGAAUGCAUAUCAGUGGAUUUUGCGUCCCACGAAACAGUUUCUCGUGGUUCACGUUGCAGAGGAUGUGCGGUAUAAUCUAAGGUGUUACGGACUUAACGAUUAAUACGAUGUUAAAGAAUUAUUCGCCGAUCACACAGGCGCUCCUAGGAACGUUAUUUACGUGGGCUCUCACCGCAGCGGGUGCCGCACUUGUCAUCGUGAUUCGAGGACAGCAACGUAAAUUGUUGGACAUCAGCCUGGGAUUCGCGGCCGGCGUAAUGAUAGCGGCAAGUUACUGGUCCCUACUGGCACCUGCUAUCGAAAUGGCGACAAAGAGCAAAAUUUACGGAGCUGAGGGCGAAUACGCGUUCGUACCAAUCGGAGUUGGAUUUCUCAUAGGCGCGGCUUUCGUUUAUGGGACGGACGCGUUGAUAUCUUCUCUUGGCAUUCAGUCCCCCAAUGUGCUUUUAGCUAUGCAGUCAGUCGGUACGAAACAAAGACGCAAGAUCCUUGCAAAACUAAAGAGUGACGAGGAUUUAGACGAUUAUGAUCCGUAUAACGACGUACAGAUAUCCGGUGGAAAAAUGUAUACUCAAAUCGAAUCGACCACAAUCGAUGGUUUCUACGAACAAAAUACCCGAAGACGUCAAAUUGCAAAUGUAAAUAGGCCAGCAGAGCACGGAGAAAUAGGCACGAUUUACGAGAAUCCUAACAACGAAUGUAAAAAUAAUCAAUGGAGAAGAGUUUUAUUGCUGGUUGUCGCUAUUACGGUACACAAUAUCCCAGAAGGUCUGGCAGUCGGAGUCGGAUUCGCAGCAGUGGGUAGCAGUGCAUCAGCAACUUUUGAAAAUGCAAGAAAUCUCGCAAUCGGAAUCGGUAUUCAGAAUUUUCCCGAGGGAUUGGCGGUGUCUUUACCCCUUCAAGCGGCUGGAAUUAGCACCAUGAAGAGCUUCUGCUAUGGACAACUCUCGGGGAUGGUAGAACCUCUUGCCGGCGUCCUUGGCGCAGCCGGAGUGUCGUUCGCUGAACCCGCGCUACCUUAUGCACUCGCCUUCGCAGCCGGUGCAAUGAUCUAUGUCGUGAUCGACGAUAUCGUCCCGGAAGCGCAUCAAAGUGGAAACGGUAAACUCGCCAGCUGGGCUGCCGUCGUUGGCUUCUUGGUAAUGAUGUCCCUAGACGUCGGAUUAGCGUAAAGGUCGUGCGAAAUGAGCGUUUUCGCUAAUCGAUGUCCGUCUAGUUUUGCAUAUUCUUUUAAGGUAUCAGCGCGAAAAAUUCCUAGCAACUUUUCCCUCGCGACAACACUUCGAAUCUCUCGAUCGCGAAUCGAUCGAGCUUUCGUGCAGCGGGAUACCGAAUUCGACGCAAUUCCGUAUCCCGCGUAAGAAUAAUCGAACCGUAUCUUCCACGUAUCUAGUCUUCGUCGAUCCGAUUUCGAAGUCGAUCAGAUCGAUCGGAUGACGAUCUCUCUGAUUUCUCCUUACGACGUUGUUCCAAGCCGAUGUUCGUCGCGACGAGGAGGAAAACAUCGAGCGAUUACUGCGCGGUUCGUCUCUUUCCUGGUGCGAGACGUUGCAUUAUCCUUUACUCGCUCUCUUCCUCUCUGUCUCCUCGUCUCUCGUUUCCUCGCUUUUCGUCCAUACGCGAUCGUAUGGAGGAAAAACGCGGUCGAAUUCCUUUGGACGCGCGGUCGCAUCGCGGAGACAUCGGAAUCGGUAAGUAACGAAAAAUCCUGCACGUUUAAACGGGAAAGUUGGAACCUCGCGAUAGCAAAGGAUAAUCUCGUUCGAGGACGUAAUCGCGAAGAAUCGGUGCAGCUCUUUGCUUCGUUACGUAAGGUCCCGCGUAGCUUUCUUUCUUUCGGUCGGAUUCUCUCUCACGAAUAACACGAACAUCGCAAUCUCGACGGUGUCUUUCGCACGACAAGCACGCAAUCGUUCGAAGCAUGCUAGAUAAAUGCACGCACAUUUACCACGCUGUAUAUCCACGACGUCCAAUUCGCUUGUCCAAUCGGUUCGUCGUUCGUGAUCGAUUCGAAAGCUCGAACGAGUAAACGUGCGAUCGACACGCGUGUAUCGAUACGUUAUCUCGUGUCUUAGAUGCAUAAGUUUAUAACCACUAUCUUGCCAUUGUAUAAUAUCCACCCCCCGACCAGUUUUAGAUCCAGGAGUACAUCCACUUGUCGCAACGAGGAGCUCUUUUCGAUCUUGCCAACUACGUUUCAUUUUAUCGAUCCACCGUACAGCGUGGCUGUACCGGCAAACGAAACGUUUGUCGUGGUCGUCGCGCGCGUCGUUUCGAGCUCGACGUUCCACCACCAUUAUUAUUAUUACCUGUAAGAUAAAAGUACUAUUUUUUCGUACGUAAUAAAUUCAUAGAUAGAAAUAAGAAGUUCGCGCGUUACUCGUGUACAGAGAUACGCGAAAUUCCUCGAGGUCGCUUCUUCGAAAGCGCGAGGGGAAAAGCGCAUGUACUUACACGCGUAUGCGCACGUUCAUCUCGAAGAAGCGAUGUCUCUUCGCGUUACGAAUACGGCAGUAAUUUCUCACGUUCCUACGUCUACGAGCGAUUCUCGACCGAAGCUACACGCGUCAACGAUACCGACUUCUGGACGUUAUCGUUGCUCCGGUGCCGAAGGAAUCGAUCGUAGCUCGCUUCGUAUUAAACCUUCGUAUCAAACCUACCUGUACAUACCUAUACAUAUAGUCGGCGGUGAAAGAGUGGUGCUUUGGGAACUUUCUUCGAAUUGUAAUCGACUACGUCGUAACUGUAUCGAUAUUAAACACUUCAGGCGAUGUACAUAGCCAGUGGAAAGGUUUUCGAGGUGUGUCUACCUGUGCGUCUAGCGUGUCUGUGUAAAUAGGAAACGAUCGAGUCGGAACAGCGACGGAUGCGUUCUUCGAUCGUAGGUAGCAAUCCGGACAUCGUCGUGGACAUCAUCGUUGAAAUUUCAUCGCGUGACUGGAACCUUUCACGACACUGGUACUACAAGCGAUUCGUUUGUAUCGAGUGCAGCAAUAAAGCCGAGUACGAAUUCUAACGGUUAGACGGAAUACAAGCAGGACUUUUUUUUACUCUUCCUCGCC